GCGCUCUAACCACAUCACCGACGGCUUUGCAAAGUGGCAGCUCAGAGAACUAUAGAUAUCAGUCUGAAGCGAAGCUCCACCGGAGGACACGCACUGUGCAUCAUCUCCCCCAGCCGUCCGUGUGUGGGUCGUAGAAUAACAAACAUUCCCUGAAGAAGAUCGGGAGCGGACAACCAGCAGCAGAGCAGUGAUGGAUGAAAGAAUACCGCAUUUACAGGACAGACAGUUCAUGGAGCACGCUGAUUUUUUGGGGGUGGAUUACCCCUCUCUCUACAUGUGCAAAUCCAAAAGAGGAAUAAAACGAGAGGAUGGUGGGAAGGAUGCAUACAAGUUACCACACCGGUUGAUAGAGAAGAAGAGGAGAGACAGAAUCAACGAAUGUAUUGGCCAGCUUAAGGAUUUGUUACCCGAACAUCUGAAGCUGUCGACGCUCGGGCAUUUGGAGAAAGCAGUUGUCCUGGAGUUAACGUUGAAACAUUUAAACGCACUGACUGCUGUCACUGAGCAGCAGCAUCAGAAGAUUAUAGCGCUGCAGAAUGGGGACCGGUCGAUGAAAUCUUCCAUUCAUGCAGAUCUGGAUGCGUUCCACUCCGGGUUCCAGGCCUGUGCCAAAGAGGUCUUGCAGUACCUGAGUCAGUUUGAGAACUGGACGACGCGAGAGCAGAGGUGCGCGCAGCUCAUCAGCCACCUUCACAAGGUGUUGGCGCAGUUCCAGUCCGGCGCGCCGCCGCUCCAGCACCAGCUACCCGCCGGGGACGCACAGGAUGGCCACAAAGCCGACAGCCAGGCCAACUGUGUCCCGGUCAUCCAGAGGACCCAAGGCGGGGAGCUUAACGAGAAUGACACAGACACGGACAGCGGAUACGGGGGCGAGGCUGAAAAGGGCGACGGCAAAGAUAAAGAAUGUGAGCGCAAUAAGGCGCAGGGAUACAAGGCAGUGAAGAUCAAGCAAGAGUUUGGAGAUGAUCGCGCUGCCAAAAAAACAAAGAUGAACUGGCCUGGGAACGGGUUAGGUGGCACAGACCCCACCAGACCCGAUCUGGCGUUUAUGAACUCUCUGAUGGGAAUAAGCAGUGUGGGACAGCAGACGCCUAUUUGCAUGCCUUUCUACUUCAUCAACCCCUCGGCCGCGGCGUCUUACAUGCCUUUUUUCGACAAAAGCAACAUUGAAAAGUACAUGUACCCAGCGGCAGCUCUGGCAUCCCCUUUCCCCUGGCUGUACCCUGCACACGCGUCAGCAGCGGCGGCCGCGGCGGCUGCUGCAGCUCUACCCGGCUUGUCUGUGCACUUUGGAGCCUCUGCUCAGUCCAAGGACUGCCACAGUCCAGACAGCGACGAGUCACACGAGGCUGAGUUAGGUUCACCUAAGGAGCGCGAGGAAAGUCCCGCGAGUGACGACGGGGAGGAUGACGUAGCUGAUGCGUCCCAAGAAAGCAAGAAUAGCCCACAUGAUCAGUUUUCUGCUUGUCAGACGAGCUAAUUUGUCUGUUACCUUUCCGUGCAUUCUUUUUUUUUU